CUUCCUGUCUCUCCACAUGAUUUGUGAUCAGAGCUGGAGCAUGGGGUCCCUGGGCUCUCUCCUCCUGGUCUGCGGGCUCCUGCCCUGGAGGGCCUUCCUGCAAGAACACAGCAAUGCUGCCCAGAACUGCUUCUGUCAGGUGAGCGGCGUGCUGGAUGACUGUACUUGUGAUGUGGAAACAAUCGACCAUUUUAAUUCUGAACUCUUUUCUAAACUACAAAUCCUCCUGGAGAGUGACUAUUUCCGAUAUUACAAGGUGAACCUCAACAAAGCAUGCCCAUUUUGGGAUGACAACAGCCAUUGUGGGCUGAGAGAUUGUGCGGUCCAGCCAUGUCCUACGGAGGACGUUCCAGCUGGUAUAAAGUCGGCCUCUGCUUUCAAGUACUCGCAAGAGGCAAACGGUGAAUUAGCUGAGCUUGACUGUGAGAAGGAGAGAAGACUUGGCGCUGUGGAUGUGUCUUUGAGUGAGGCUGCGCAGGAAACUCUGUCACAGUGGAAUAAACACGAUGACUCGAAAGACAACUUCUGUGAAGUGGACGACGAGGAGUCUCCAGACGCAGAAUAUGUCGACUUGCUCAUUAAUCCCGAACGUUACACCGGCUACAAGGGACCUGACGCGUGGAAAAUCUGGAACAGCAUCUAUGAAGAAAACUGUUUCAAGCCACAGAGCGUUAAACGUCCGCUGAGUUCAUGGGUGCUGGGCCGAGAACACCUGUUUUAUCAGUGGCUUGAAGAUCUUUGUGUUGAAAAAAGAGCCUUCUACCGGUUGGUAUCCGGACUCCAUGCAAGCAUCAAUAUCCAUCUGAGUGCCAGGUAUCUCCUGAAAGAAACGUGGAUGGAUAAAGUCUGGGGCCACAAUGUAUCGGAAUUCCAGAAACGAUUUGAUGCCUUGCUUACCAAGGGCGAGGGGCCAAGACGACUGAAGAACUUGUAUUUUAUUUAUCUCAUUGAGCUCCGGGCCAUUUCCAAGGUUCUCCCGUACUUUGAGCGUCCAGAGUUUGUGCUUUACACAGGAAAUCAAAGCAAUGACUUGACGACCAAGCUGCUACUGGUGGACAUUCUCUACGCUGCCAAGUCAUUUCCUCUGCACUUUGAUGAAAAUGCCCUUUUCGCUGGGGUUAGUAAGGAAGCUGAUCAAUUAAAGAUGGAAUUUAGACAUCACUUUAGAAACAUUUCCAAAAUCAUGGACUGCGUUGGUUGCUUUAAAUGCCGCUUGUGGGGAAAGCUGCAGACACAAGGACUAGGCACUGCCCUCAAAAUCCUGUUCUCUGAAAGACAAAUCGCUAACCUGCCAGACCGAGGGCUGUCUCAGGGCUUUCAUCUUAAACGGCAAGAAAUCGUAGCGCUGUUUAAUGCCUUUGGCCGAAUAUCUACAAGUGUUAAAGAGCUGGAGACCUUCCGGGCACUGCUGCAGAAAAUAUCGAGAGAAUGAAAGGGAGAAAAUGGAUUAUAAUUUAAUUUUUUUUGACUUCUCCGAGGUCUCGUCCUGCUUAAAACGGAAACCAUUGAUCAUGUGCUAAAAGUUCCGAUAUUACUGGUCUCCUGUUGGAGAGGUUUGCUGUUUAUACUGUAAAAUAAAUGGAUUUAAUAUUUUUUCACUA